AUGGGUAACAAGCAGGAGGAGCUGGAAGUCAUCUUCUGGAGCCACAUCAUCAAUGAGCUGAUAGAGACAGAACGGGUUUAUGUAGAAGAACUACAAAGUAUAAUAGAGGGGUAUGCUUCAGAAAUGGACAAUCCCAGUUUGGUACAUCUGAUUCCAUCUGCACUCCAGAACAAGAAGGAUAUUCUUUUUGGGAACCUCCCAGAAAUCUAUGAAUUCCACAACAGGAUUUUCCUUAAGGAGAUAGAAAAUUGCAUUGAAAACCCUGAGCUUCUUGCCCGAUGCUUUUUGAAAAGAAAAGAGGACCUCCAAAUAUAUGAAAAGUACUGUCAGAACAAGCCAAGGUCCGAAGCUCUCUGGAGACAAUGUGGAGACAGCAUCUUUUUUCAGGAAUGUCAGCGUAAAUUGGAUCAUAAGCUCUCACUAGAUGCUUAUCUCUUAAAGCCAGUCCAGAGAAUCACCAAGUACCAGUUGCUGUUAAAGGAAAUGCUCAAGUGCAGCAAGAAUUCUGAGGGUACUGCUGAAUUGGAAGAAGCCCUGGCCACAAUGCUCGAUAUCAUCAAAUCAGUAAAUGACUCCAUGCACCAGAUAGCAAUCACAGGAUAUGAGGGGGAUGUCAGUGAGCUUGGCAAGCUGUUGAUGCAGGGCUCCUUCAAUGUGUGGACUGACCACAAGAAGGGGCACAACAAGGUGAAGGACUUGGCUAGAUUCAAACCGAUGCAGAGACACCUCUUCCUCUAUGCCAAGAUGCUACUUUUCUGCAAGAAACGGGAGGAGAACACUGAUGGCCAUGAGAAGACAGCUUCAUACAGCUUUAAAAAUUCGUUAAAGAUGAGCACUGUGGGCAUUACAGAAAAUGUAAAAGGGGAUAACAAGAAGUUUGAGAUCUGGUAUAAUGGCAGAGAAGAAGUCUAUAUCAUUCAGGCUUCUUCUGUUGAGCUGAAAAACACCUGGAUUUCAGAGAUUCGCAAAGUCCUGACAGGACAGCUGGAAGCAUGUAGAGAAGCAAGUCAACUGCACCAAAGAAUCACUGAGAGUGUGUACCAUGCACCAAUGGAUUCCUCCAAUGCAAGCAGGUAUAGCAGAAAGUCUUCAAGCAUAUAUGAAAACAAAUCUGAAACAUCAAACGUUGAAGCAUCUAACAAUAAAAACAGGAAUUCCAGUCCCAGUGCCAGACAAAAGAGAGUUGAUGCUUCCACCAGCCUUAACCUUGAGCGCACAGCGCUUGCUAGAAAGCGAUUCACAUUGCAAGGUCUUUCCAACCGCAGAGCUCCACCCAAAGAUCCAGAAGUUAAGGAAAGAGAAGUUACCCGUCGCUUUUCCCUAGCCUCCUCCAUCAGCACCACAGUUAAUGCUUCUGCUGUGACCAAAGGUCCCCUUGUUCCUGCAGUUAAAGUCAAGAGACAUGAAAUAAAGAGUGACCCAACUCCCCUUGGGUUUGAAGAUGCUUUUGAGAACACCAUAUUGGCCCAGACUAAAUGUAAUACUGGUUCCACCACGAGAUCCGUACCUAGAUCUGCUUCACAGACAGGUUGGCCCAGCAGGCAAAUGCCUUCUCUAGACACAUUUGAAGAUUUUGAAGCCAUCCCCUCCAGUAUGGAUGAACUCUCCAACUCGUCUGACUUGGAGGAAGAGACCAACCCCAACAAUGGGAGCAAUCUUUUUCGGGUAGAAGGCAGUUUUGACAGCUGUUUCCCAGAUUCUCUUACUCUUGAGGAUGGAGAUUUAGUGCAGUUUGUGCAGGAAGGAGAGAACGGUCAAUGGUUAGUGAAGAAACUGGUCUCUGAGAAAAGCGAGUGGGUUCCUUCCAGUAUACUGCAGCCAGCAGAGGGGGACAGUAGCAACAUAAUUAAGAACAGCAAUGCAGACACGUACAACGAUUCCUGCAGUACAGCUUCAGUAGAGUCAGACACGAAGGAAAGUGAGGUGGCCAAAAGCUUCCCAGCAGAACAGAGGGCUGGCAGCUGA